UGCAAUUAAGUAGGUUCAUUACACACCAGACUGAUCUUGGAGUAUCAGUUCCCCAAUAAUAUUUGCGGAAUUGAAAUAAAACAUAAAAAGGUGAAUCCGACAACACAAUAUUCAUGGCCUCAAGUAGAAACUUGAUAAUCUAAUCAGUUUUCACAAUAAGUGGAAUAUAAUCAUUUUCCACAAUGAGUGAAAAUAAAUUCUUCCCAAAAUAGAGUAUUGAGUUCUGGAUGCAAGACUUUGAGGUGUCGUUUGUACAAGUCAAUUAUAGCCGAUAAAUUACCAUUUAUUCUAGGUUACUAAUAAAUCUUUAUUAUGUAGAAUGACAUGUAAUUGUUUUUUUUUUUUUUAAUCACAAGAUUGUGUAAGUUAUGGGCUCACGUGAACCAUUAGAGUUUGCCCAUAUUCUAUAUCAAGAGAUCUACUAAAUAUCUUUCAGUAUAUGACUGUGAACCCAAAAAUAACUAUUGUAUAUUAACUUGAAGUCGCUGUAGGAAUCCAUAAACUUCAAAUUUUGGAUCCUCCGAUAGAACUUAACCUUUUUCUCUUCUUUCUUGUUAUUUAUCCAACUGUUUCUCUUUGACCAUAUAUAUGACAUUUCAAAUGGAAAUUGGUGAUUUUAUAUAGGAUCGAACCAUACAGGCGUUAGGUUUGGCCAGCAUAGAUACUUACAAGUUUAAAGAGAUUUGCAACAAGUGCUAAAUAUGGAAUACUUGUGUACAGUCCUCUAGAAGUUCCAGAACCUUCUAUGGGCAAUAGCUAUUUUUCAAUUGGAGACCUUAAAAAAGAUGCAUAUUAUAGGAAUAGUAACCUUCUUAAUAAAUAAAAAUCAAACUAAGAUCAGUCUGGGGUGAAAUAGACUCCCUUCUAAAAAUUAAAUGUGUAAGAAGGGAUUGGAAAGUACCUUGGAGAAUAACUAACUGCAUAGCUGACAUUUAGAGUUUAGUUGAAGAACAUGAAUUUACAAUCAACCAUUGCUUUAGGGAAGCCAAUCAACCGGCAGACAGAUUGGCUAACCUGAGCCAUAGACUUGAUGAAAUCCAAGUGUUCAACUUUUUUGCUAAUCUUCCUAACAACAUCAAGGGCUUGAUUAAUACGGACAGAUGGAACCUUCCAUCAUUUAGGAUCAAACAAGCAAAACCUUCCCAAAUAGUGUAUGAUCCCCCUUGAUUAGUCUGCUUUCUAUUAUGUUUUGGUUAAGGCUUAGUAGCUUAGUCUCAUCUCAAUGAUCAUGUACAAAGUUUGGGAUAUCGAACUCAAUACUGUAACUUUUUGCACAGAAAUGAUCAAUGGAGACAAUGUUUAACAAAAAAAAAAAUAAAAAAAUCAAACUAAGUCUUUAGAUAAAAUCACAGUGAAAUUAUUUGCAACCAGUUCGAGUUUGUAUAGGGUGACUGAUGAUCCAAGCUCUGGGGUUGUAUCUGGAAAUAUAGUGUUAUAUGGAGGGCCACGUGAACUUAUAUAGCACAUGUUUUACUAUUUUGAGUACUCAAUGUUAUUUUUUGGAUUGAUUGAUUAAAAGUAGUUGAUAAAUUUGUGUCGUUCUAAAAUCGUUUGCCUAUGGAUUUGACUUAGCCAUGGUAUCAUGGACUCAAAUUGGGUCGUCGCUCCGUCAAAAGUAGUUAAAACCAACAAACAAUAAAAAUCAGUGGACCAAUUCAAAUUUGUCUCUAACAUGAAAAUAAGUAUUUUACAUUGCACAUUUGGAUCUAAAAAGUUAUUUAAGUUUUUUGAUCUUCCUUAGCAAGAAAAUUUAAUUUGUUCUAACUAGAGUGAACGUACACCUUCUUUGUUUGACUAAUAUUACUUUGAAGAUAAUCUUUUCAUUUAUUGUAAUAUGUCUUACAUCACUUACUAGAAAAACUUGGUGAUGUAGAAAUGGAAAGGUGGCGAAUUAGUUUUAAAAAACAUCGCUAUAUAAAUCAACAAUAGUCAAAAGUGUCAGUUCCCUUUAUGACCAAAAUAUGUAUUAAUUGGUGAAAUUAAUCUUUCUUUCCUCAUUAGAUGUAAUCCAAUAACUUAUGCAAAUGCAUUAAAUAAAAGAUCCAAGGUCAGAUAUGUGACGGGUAGCAUUAAAACCAGUCAAUCGGUCAUUAUAAAAUCCCUUAUUAGUUUGGAGUUUUUACUUCAUCCCUGUAAUUUGUGUUCAGAAUGAAAACAAAGCAGAAAAUGUCAUUGCAUCUGAGAGUCAUCAUGCAGAUUUUGGUUACAAUUUCACUAUUUUUGAACCAUUAUGAAGUUGAAGGAGAACAGAGGUUGUCUAAAGCAGAAGAUUUAGAGUUAGAGAAGCAACUAAAACUUCUUAAUAAGCCAGCAAUCAAGACUAUUAAGGGUAAAUACGUAGAAAUAUAUGAUUGUGUUGACUUUUACAAACAACCUGCAUUCGAUCAUCCUCUAUUGAAGAAUCAUAAUUUUCAUCCCGAGAUGAAACCUACAUUUUUCAAUUUACGAAGAGAUGACAUUUCUUCAAAAAUGAAUAGGCCUUUUAACAUAGAGUUAGAAGGUGGAGGUUGUCCUCCUGGAACAGUUCCUAUUAGAAGAAUUACUAAAGAAGAUCUAAUACGACGAAGACUUGCAUCACAAAUAAGAGACGUAGAUGAUUCUCCUGAUGGUGAUGGUAUAGAGUCCAAUGUUUCAGAUGGAACCAAACAUCCUAAGGGUUUCGGAGGAGGCUACAAGUUUGCAAGUGUGCAAAUCCCAUAUAAGCUAAGAAUCAAAAUGGCAGGAGUAGGAGCAAUUAUAAGCUUGCAUAAUCCUCAACAUCUUAGUGGGCAUGAACAUAGUGGAGGUCGUAUAAAGGUUCAAAAGGGGAUUGAUAGCAUACAAGUUGGCUGGACAGUGAGUCCACCUGUCUAUGGAGACACUCAUACACGAUCAUACACAUAUUUUAAGGCUGGAAAACUAGGUUGUUAUAAUACUCGGUGCCCUGGUUUUGUACAUGUAAACACUGCAAUACCUUUAGAUGGGAAACUUCCAGGCUCUUCCUAUGGUGGACCUAUUUAUGAUAUACCAAUGGAAAUUGCUCGGGACAUCCCAAGUGGAAAUUGGUGGUUUCAUUUAGGAAUAGGAUCACAGUUCACCCCAAUUGGAUUUUGGCCAGCAAAGAUAUUUACAAGUUUAAAGGGAUUUGCAACAAGUGCUGAAUUUGGAGGAGUUGUGUAUAGUCCUCCAGGAGUUCGAGAACCUUCUAUGGGUAGUGGUUAUUUUCCAGUUGGAGACCUUAAAAAAGAUGCAUAUUUUAGGAAGAGUACCUACUUUACUGAUAAACGUCAAUCUAAGUCCUUAGAUGAAAUCUCAGUGAAAUCAUUUGCAAGUAGUCCAAAUUUAUAUAGGGUCACUGAUUAUCCAAAUGCUGGAGGUGGAAAUGAGAAUAUAGUGUUAUCACUACUAAAAAAACGGGUUUUUUCGAUCGCAUAUUUUCGACCUCACUUUUUGGUGGAAAAAAAAUCGACCACAUAAGGUCGAAAUUUUCAGAAUUUUCUUUUUUUUAAUUUUUUUUUUUGGAUUUCGACCUCAUGAGGUCGAAACUUAUUUUUAUACAAAUAAUAAA